UGAACGAGCGGAGGGAAGCUCAUUUUCAGAGCGCAUGAUUGUGUUAGAGGGGCUUCACUAGACUGUCACCACAGAGAGACAGCAAAGCCACUUCAACCACGCCUUUAAGAGUAAAUAAUCCACAACAGAGGAGACUGGGUGUAUAGGAUUUUGUCCAACUAGCUUUGCUUGAGUUUUUUUUUUUUUUUUGCAAGGGGAAAGUGCUUUUAUUUUCAUCUCUGGGACUCAGUGGAAUCGAGCAGCGGUGAGAUUCCGCUCCCCGCCUUUUCUGUGCGUAAAAUAAAAAGUUUAACACACCAAGGAGAUUAUUUGAGAGGUCUGGGAGCUCGGCAAACUCCACACUGUACUCUCCGGGAAUUGUAAAAGCUCAUAUCGGACGCCCACUGGAGGAGGAUAUAUAACUUUUCAACACAUUUUUUUUUUGUUUGCGGAGAAGCAGGGAGGCGGGUUGGUCUAACGGAGAGCGGAGGAAUCCUCUUCGCUGAGCCCGGAGGAGUGCGCGCAGCGCUGGGUAGCAGACUGACCCAGCGGACGGCACCUCAGAGACAAGGUUAUGACGGAACUGAGCUGAACAUGGAGCUUUUCUGGAUUUUGUUAUUUUCUAGUGUCUCACCUCUUGCCUGGGGCCAAGGAGUUUACGCCCCAGCCAAUGCCCAGAUCGUGCACUCAGGCGCAGCAUGUAACGUCAAGGAUGAUAACAUCAGUGAGAGAAUCUACACCAUCAAAGAAGGAGACACGUUAGUGCUUCAGUGUAUUGUUAAAGGACACCCACGACCACAGGUACGGUGGACGAAGACGGCAGGCAGUGCAUCAGACAAGUUCCAAGAAACAUCCAUCUACAACGAGACACUGCGCAUCGAGGGCAUCCAGAGGGUGCAGGGGGGUCGCUACUACUGCAAGGCCGACAACGGGGUGGGGGUGGCUGCCAUCAAGUCCAUCCGCGUAGAUGUGCAAUACCUUGACACACCAGGUCUGACGGUGCACCAGACCAUCAGCGAUGUGCGUGGCAGUUACUACCAGGAGAAGACGGUGUUCCUGCGAUGCACCGUCAACUCCAACCCUCCUGCACGAUUUAUCUGGAAACGUGGGAACAUGCCCAUUGAACAGAGCAAGGACAACGGAGUGGACAUCUAUGAGCCGCUUUACACUCAGGGUGAGACCAAGGUGCUGAAGCUGAAAAACCUAAGACCCAAGGACUUUGCUGAUUACACCUGCCAGGUGUCCGUCCGCAACGUGUGCAACAUCGAAGAUAAGUCGGUCACCUUCAGGCUCACAAAUGCUACCACUCCCCCAAUGAUUCGCUUGUCAGUCAACGACACGGUGGUGGUGGAUCCCGGGCAGGAUGUGCUCUUAACCUGCGAGGUGACUGCAGGUUUCCCUCUCCCCACUGUGACAUGGUCGCGUUACCCCGGGCCCCUUCCCCUUAGCGCCCAAAUGCGAGGGGCAACGCUGAUUUUGCGGGCGGUCACACCAGCUGACGCAGGCUUCUACAACUGCACGGCUAUCAACAAUGUGGGCAACCCUGCUCGCAAGAAUGUCAAUCUCAUUGUCAGGACCAUGAGCAACCUGACCUUCCAAAUUACACCGGACUCCAACAAGGACAGCGAGACCAUCCAGAUGGGUCGGGACCUCAAGCUGUCGUGCCACGUUGAUGCCACCCCACAGGACAAGGUCAACUACACCUGGUACAAAAAUGGCUCACCUGUCUUCAACUCAGAUAGCCUGAUCUUGCUGCGCAGCGACCCUGACAUGGCACCCGGCACCAGUAGCUUGGAGAUUGUGGACAUGAAGUUCAGAGACUUGGCUACCUACAGCUGCGUGGCGAACUUCCCAGGCUGCAGUGUCCCGGAGCUCCGUGUGGAUGUCAACAUCUCUCAAAACAGUGUCUCUCCUCCAGUGCUGUCAGUGCCUGCAGGAGGUCAGGUGGUCAGCGUACGAGAGGGCGGUAACACUGAGCUGGUGUGCUUGGUAGUGGAUGGCAAACCACGUCCACCUAUACUAUGGUCACGGAUGGAAAAGGACCUGCUAAUGCCAUCAGGGAAGCCUGUGGUGGAGACCCCUGAUGGCCGCUUGAGGCUUAAGAAUGUCAGUCGGGACAUGAUGGGGUUGUACCGGUGCCAGACUGCUCCAUACAACGGCCUUAACAUCAAACGCAGAGAGGCACAGGUCCAACUCAAUGUGCAGUAUCCUCCCAUAUUGGACCCAGUCUUCCAGGAUGUGCGUUCUAGAAACUAUCAGAUGGUGACUCUGAGGUGUACAGUCCUUCGGUCCAAUCCGCCACGUCUAACAGACAUCCGCUGGUUCCGUAACGGCGAUUUCAUCCGCAUGCCCAUGCCAGACCUGAAGGAGACGCCAGAGCUGAAGUUCAAACUGGAGCCUACCAACAAUGGCACUUAUGAAUGCCGAGUCAGCAAUACUGCAGGAUCAUCGACAUGUACAUUUAAUGUCUCUGCACAACCCUACAAUGCAGAAUUUUACUUUGACACACCCAACCCAGUCCGGAUUCUGAAAGGAAACAACUAUUCCUACAAUCUGCAGUGGACACAGAAAGAUCCUGAGGCCACAGACCGUAUCAUAGGUUACUGGAUUAAUGUCCGAUUAAUGAACAAGCAGAACCUGCUGUCGAAGCAGAUAGACCUCAAGGGUAAGGAGCCAGAGAAGGGGGUGCUGAUGUCCCACACCAUAUCAGACCUGAAAAUCCCUGUGUCCUACGAGGUCCGAUUGGCCCCCAUCACCACCUACAGCACUGGGGAAUACGUCAGUCGAAUCAUUCAGUACUCAGAACCCUAUACCUACCCAAGACCUUCAGACCAUGUGUGUGGUUUUGAGGAUGAGCGGAUCUGUGGUUUCUCUCAAGACCGGAGUGACGUCUUUGACUGGACGAGACAGAAUCACCUGACACAGAAUCCCAAACGAUCUGCCAAUACCGGCCCUGAGACUGACCGCAGUGGAACCAAGGAGGGUUACUACAUGUACAUCGAAGCAUCACGGCCGCGUGUUCAGGGAGACAAAGCUCGUCUGCUGUCUCCACUCUUUAAUGUGACCUCAGUCAGGGGCCCCAAGGGCUCUGGCAGAGUACCAUACUGUGUCUCUUUCUACUACCACAUGAAGGGCAAACACAUUGGAACUCUCAAUGUGCUUCUGAGAGUGAGGAGCAUUGCCUCUGUGGACUCGGUGGUAUGGACGAAGUCUGGUCAUCAAGGCCCGGACUGGAACAAAGCUUUCUUUGACAUCAGCCCCAGUGGACCCUUCCAGAUUGUGUUUGAAGGAAUUCGAGGCCCGAGUUUCGAGGGGGAUAUCGCCAUUGAUGAUGUGUCCAUCACCAUAGGGAAGUGCAAACAGGAGAACACUGUAGCCAGCGCAGGUAAGACAGUUCUGAUCGGUGGAUCACACUCACUCCCACUGGCCAGCUGGCUGACCUUUGGCCUCUCCUGCUUCCUGUCGCUGCUCUACAGAUGAUGAGCACUUCCUACAUCACCACCGCCUGUCUGCGCUGACAGACACUGCCCUAACUUACACUCUUACUUCUCUCUCUACCCUUCACCCUGUCCUUUCCUCUACUUACCUGUCUCCUCACCUGUCUGUCCUUUUCACUUGUUGUCUUUUGAUCCUUCAUGCAUCACUUUUUAGCCUUCUUGCUUAGAUAAAUGGUAACACAAAGUCUUUGUCUAGUUUCUCUUCCUCUGCUUUCUUUGAACAUCCCCUCUCCUCAACACUCAGUAUAACCAACUGACGCUCAUACCGUAUUUAAGAUGAACAUACUUAAUGAUCUUCAACUCUAUUGAUCUGAUUAGAUUCACGUUAUCCAUGUCAGCGUGUCACUUUGUCACCUUUUCCUCUCCUUCGUCAACCCUCUUUGUCCAUACACGCACCCUCUCAUGUAUCCCCAUUCCCUCGAACCGCAAUCCCUGACGGCCCCUCCACCCGAUUCCCGAGACACACCAAAGUGUCGGACACUCUACCAAAGAUGACAAAGGACCUGAGGGAAUAAAACAAGGGAACGUGGAUUCCAGGAAGAAAGUGAAAGAGAGAUAAAAAGUGGGGAAAAUCCUUUUUUUUUUUUUUUUUCACGGAAACUGUCUCCCUUCCAUCCCAACCUUUGGGACCGUGGGACCUACUGAAU